AUGUCCAGCUCUACCACCAGCACCAGCACAUCGUCCAAGUUCUACGACUUCUCCCCUCUCGACAAGAAGGGCCAACCAUACCCUUUCAAAGAACUCAAGGGCAAGGUGGUUCUCAUCGUGAACGUGGCCUCUAAAUGUGGGUUUACACCCCAGUACCAGGAACUACAGGAGCUGUACACACGCUACCAUGACAAGGGUUUAGAGAUCAUCGGGUUCCCUUGCAACCAGUUUGGCAAGCAAGAGCCAGGGUCCGACGAGGAAAUCGGCCAAUUCUGCCAACUCAACUACGGUGUUACGUUCCCAAUCAUGAAAAAGAUCAACGUCAACGGGUCCGACGCAGACCCUCUGUGGGAGUACCUCAAGCAAGAGAAACCAGGUCUGUUGGGCUUCAAGGGCAUCAAGUGGAACUUUGAAAAGUUCUUGAUCGAAAAGGACGGCAAGAUCCACGACCGCUACUCGUCGCUCACCAAGCCUGCAAACCUCGACCACACAAUUGGGAAACUGCUUAACAAAUAG